ACUUAGAGCUGAACGAUUGCAUUCAGGAAGCGGUAGCAAUUAAGCCUCAGUGCUCUCCUAGGCAGCCACAGCAGCUGCAGCAGCAAGGGGGGGCGGAGGUCCACAGAGAAGGAACCACGAGCAACCUCCCAGCACCAGGGCCAACUGCCUUAUUCGGAGAGGACCCCCUCCCUACACCUUAUACCUGCAUUCCCUCUUGGACCAGCAGGGACGGACCACCUAGCAGGGACACAACCCCCUGGGAUGUUCCUAGAUCUCCAGCCCAGCAUCUCUGGCAUCCAGCAGCCCCACUGCAAGAGGCCGGCCUCUGCCCGCCGUACACGUGGGCUUCCGUGACAGAAACAGAGGAGCUUCUGUUCGGUUUCCUGGCAGCCACGUCAAGGGAGGGGAUCCUUGCUGCCUCCACCUUCCUAGAUCCUGCUGAGCUGGAAGGCGCUCUCUGGCCUCCCUUGUCUUAGGAUUUCCCCCUCUUGUCCAUAUUUAGGAGACGAAUGAGGCCAAAGCAUCCUUGGGCUUGAGAAUCCUCCAAUAUCUUGGUGCACGUUCUCUCUCCUUCUGGGCCGUAAGGGCUGCCGAUGGGUCUGUGCUGAAGAAGACAGGCGGUGUUGGGCAUCUACAGCGACUGACCUGGGGCAAAGCUGGGGGGAGGUUCAACAGGUGGUGUGAGAGCUGGGGGGAGUGUGUGAGGGCCUCCUUGCUAGCAUUCCAAGGCGCCUGGUCAUUGCCCAUCUUGGGGACCAGCCAGCAGCCCCUCUCUUCUCUUCACCCCCUCCCCUUGCAGGGCGGUCCAAAGAUCACUGCCGCGUGGUUGUGGUUGGCAGUGUGACCUGUGGCCAUAGAUCUGGCUGAUUCGACACAGGGCCUGUGACAAGGACAGCGGCUGUGACGAGGAUGGCUGGGCGCACUUAACACAGGGCAGUUUACAGGGACGAGACAGAGCCCCCCCACCCCACCCUUGUCCUUAUUCUGUGUUUCUGUCAGCAAUGCCAGCCAGGAGCUGCUGGGGAGUCUCCGGAUCAUUUCUAACUUUCUUGGGCUCCUAAACUCUUGCUGAAUUGAGAUAUCCUCUGCAUCCAUUUAUCAAACACCUGGCUUGGUUGCUCUGCUUCCCCUCUUCAUCACCUAACAGCCUCAGGGAUGGACCUCCUGCAGAAGAGCAAAUAUAACCAUCUUCGCAACGACUCCAUCUCAUCCCUGGAAGAUGGGUUGGUGGCAGCGGAGGGGGACUCCCCCUUGGAGCCCCUGGUGGCUGCCCCAUCCCUCCCAAGCUCUCUGUCUUCCUCCUCCCUCAGCCCCAUGCUGCCCCUGGGGGAGCUGUCCUCAGAAUCAGAAGACAGUCCCACCACCCUGUGUUCCUUCUUCCCCAAAAUGGCCAACCUGAAGCUCUCCAACCCUGCCACCACGCUCCUCAGCCUCCGUGCCUUUUCCAGAGAGGCAAGUGGAUCCGCGGAGCCGCCACUGCCUCCACCACCGCCUCCUCCUUCUCUUGCUCCCAUCUCGGCUCCUCUCCAGGACUCAGCGAGGACUGUUGGUCUCUGUUUCCAGGAUAUGAACAAACUGGGCUGUGGGAAGAAGAUGCGAGUGGAAGGCGGCCAGCUCGGUGGAGAUGAGUGGACCCGGCACGGCAGCUUUGUCAACAAGCCCACCCGGGGCUGGUUGCACCCCGACGACAAAGUGAUGGGCCCCGGAGUCUCCUACCUCGUCCGGUACAUGGGUUGUGUGGAAGUGCUCCAGUCGAUGCGGGCGCUUGACUUCAGCACAAGGACUCAAGUCACAAGGGAAGCCAUUGGCUUGGUGUGCGAAGCUGUGCCUGGGGCCAAGGGAGCUGUCCGCAGGAGAAAGCCCUGUGGCCGCUCACUCAAUUCCAUUCUCGGCAAGAGCAACCUGAAAUUUGCCGGCAUGCCAAUCACCCUCACUAUCUCUACCAGCAGCCUCAACCUCAUGGCGUCUGACUGUAAACAGAUCAUUGCCAACCAUCAUAUGCAGUCAAUUUCGUUUGCAUCCGGAGGGGAUCCGGAUACAGCAGAAUAUGUAGCUUAUGUUGCCAAAGACCCCGUCAAUCACAGAGCCUGCCAUAUCCUGGAGUGUCCUGAAGGGCUAGCCCAAGAUGUCAUCAGUACCAUUGGGCAGGCUUUUGAAUUGCGCUUCAAGCAGUACCUCAAGAACCCGCCCAAGCUUGUCACCCCUCACGACAGGAUGGCUGGAUUUGAUGGCUCCGCUUGGGACGAAGAGGAGGACCCACCACCCGACCACCAAUACUACAAUGACUUCCCUGGGAAGGAGCCACCCCUAGGUGGUGUGGUCGACAUGCGCUUACGGGAUGGAUCCGCAGCAGCCCAGGCACCCAACCACUUGGGAGCCACCUUGCCCGUUGGGCAGAUGUCCAGUGGAGACUAUGAAACACGGAAACCGCAUCUCACCUCACAAGCAGGAAGGGAUCGAUGCCUAUCUGGCCGCACAGAUCUCUUUGAUGACCCUUCCUAUGUGAAUGUGCAAAACCUGGAGAAGACGCGACCGGCUGCUCUGGGAGCUACUGCCAAUGGCAGUGUCCAGAGAGAUCUCUUUGACAUGAAGCCAUUUGAAGAUGCCUUGCGGGUGCCACCCCCUGCACCACCAGCCCAGCUGGUGGCCUCUAUGGAGGAGCAGUUGCGGCGGGAACCCUGGUACCAUGGUCAGAUGAACCGCAAAGAAGCUGAGAAACUACUGCAAGCCAAUGGGGAUUUCCUGGUGCGUGAGAGCACCACCACACCGGGCCAGUAUGUGCUGACUGGGCUACAGGGCGGACAGCCCAAGCACCUGCUUCUCGUUGACCCCGAAGGAGUGGUCCGGACGAAGGAUCACCGCUUUGAGAGCGUCAGCCAUCUCAUCAGCUACCACAUGGACAAUCGGUUGCCAAUCAUCUCGGCAGGCAGCGAGCUUUGCUUACAGCAACCUGUGGAGCGGAGAUUGUGAGAAGCCAGGGGGCUAGGUCCACUGUCCUGAUCUCUUGUACCCCUUCCUCUUUUAUCGCCUUGCCACUUUUUACUGCUGCUCCUCACCUUACCCUGUUUUUACAGCAGGGGUGGGCAAAGUGCAGCCCCAGGGCUGUUUUUGACACCAAAAAAAAAAAAAAUCCUUAGCCAAAAACUUGUUUGCCCUCAAAUGCCCUCUAGGAGCUAUGCAGGGUAUUUUUGCCACAUUUUUGGUUUCCAUUUUAAGCCCAACAGAAGCCUUUUUAAAACAGGAAGUGAACCGAAAGUGAUAAGACAGUCACUUUCUGUUAUUAAAAAAGGUGUUUCCUGGGCCUUAAAUGGGAUGGGGUCCAGUAAAAUGGCAAAAUGUCCUCCCAGAUGGUACUUUGAGACAGUUUUAUUGAAGUGCAAGAUAGGUUUGAGGCUCUUCAAGGUCUCCAGGAGGGCUAAAACCCUAACCUUCCACAGUUGCCCACCCUGAUUCUGUGCUGGCUGUUAACUGCCAUCCCCUUGUGCAUGUUAUACUUGCACUUACAAACACACACAAUUGCCUGUACAAAGCUUGGAAGAAUAAUCCUUUCUUGCCCCACAAUUUCCAUAACCCAUCUGCCUGCAGUGGUCAUGCUGGCCAGAGGAUUCUGGGAGUUGUAAUCCAAAAAAGGAAGUCUUCCAUAUUCUGUCUUUGUGCCACUACUUGACAGGAAUUUCUGGGUAAUGAGUGCGGCUUUCAGCCUAUACUUGGACUGUAGCUCCCAUCAGCUCUGUCCUGCAAAGCCACUGGUGCAAGAUGGUGGGAGUUGGAGUCGGACUACGUCUAGAAGGACCUCAUUGUGUCCAAACCUCCGCAACAGCUUCUUCCACACAAAUACAACCUCAGAGGGGAUAAAAUGAGGGUAGUGGUCUCACACAAAAAGUUUCCCCUACCAAUGAAAUUUGUACAGUGGAGCCUUGUUAUACGCUGGGGUUUGGUUCCAAGAUCUCCCGUGUAUAACAAAAUCCGUGUAUGCUCAAGUCCCAUUGAAUAUAAUGGCAUAGCAAAAUGGUGGCCCUUAUAAAAA